UCCCUACAAAAGCCUCCACUCUCUGUUUUCUCACAUCCGCCAUUGCUGUAUUCCUACAGAGCUUCAUAUAAACAAAUUAAACCCACUUUCUCUCUUUACAAAUUAUGGCAAAACCAAAGAAUUCAAACCCCCAAAACAAACGCAACCCUCUUCCCCUUACUCCGACCGGCAAGAGACCAAGAGACUGCAACAAACAUCCGGUUUUCCGGGGCGUACGGAAGAGAAGUUGGGGAAAAUGGGUAUCAGAAAUCCGGCAACCGCGUAAGAAUUCCCGAAUUUGGCUCGGCACUUUCCCGACGCCGGAGAUGGCAGCACGUGCACACGACGCAGCGGCUUUAUGCAUCAAAGGCGACUCUGCCAUCCUCAAUUACCCUGAACUUGCAGAGUUUUUACCUCGGCCCGCGUCGCUUAUGCCGCACGACGUUCAGGCUGCCGCCGCCAAAGCUGCGGCGAUGGUCAAUUUGAAUUCCGCUGCAUUGCCGUCGCCGUCGGAGGAGGAGGAGCUGAGUGAGAUCGUCGAGUUGCCGAAUAUAGAAGACGAUUUUGGUACUGAGUCGCUGAAGGAUUUCAGAUUGGUUAGUGAGUCAUGGGAAUGGUGGGAGUCCGUGGCAAUGCCGUUGGCGGCGGAAUUCGAUUGCGGUUAUUUUUCCGACCAAACGACGGCGGAGGAAAGUUCUUACCCGAGCAGCUUUUACGGUGUUCUUUGGGAUUAAUUACCCGGGGUAAAAUUGGUGACAUUUCACGCGGUAAUAGUCAUUAGUCAGUAGUAAUCAAGGUUAUUUAAAUUUUACUUACACGUCUGUAAAAAUAUUUUACUCUUUUUCCUUAUUUAUUUUAGUGAGGAAUAAUUUAAUUGAUAAUUUGUAAGAUGUGGAAAAUGUAUUGAAAUUAAA